CACUGACCGCUCUUCAUGUGUCCAGUUAAUUUCUGAGCAUACGCCACUAUGCACAAAACAGCAGCGAUCCGACUGAGGGCAUAUCUAGGGUAUUUCCUCAAAUUUCUGUCUCGAGUCUGGGGUAGUAAGAAGUCUAGAAACCCAGGGUAGAGCCCACAGAGCUGCUGGCGAAGACUCGUGGUCAUUCUGAAUGCCUGAUGAGACCAGCACUGAUGAAGUGAACUUGGGUUCACAAAAACUUGUGUGCUCUCUGUCUCUAAUGACGUAGUCUAUAAAGGUGCAUAUCUACCCUGCUGUCUGACUGACUUUGAGCUAACAUAGUGGACUACCUCUUUCAGCACAUCCUGGGACACUGCCACUUUUAUAUCUUCAUCCAAAGUUGUUCAUUUUUACCAGUGGAUCCAUGCAUACAGUAACAUUUGCAGUCAGCACAAAAGUCUGGCUUACGUGUUAUUUUUUGUCGCUGAAUUAAGCGAGUACUAAAUCAGUUAGCUGAGCCUUAAGUGCAGCUCGCUCUUGCAAACUCAGUGACGUUGUGUUUUGUUCUCCCUCUAGACUAGGGGUAAGUGAAAGUUUUAUCUGAGUGGGUGCUGCUGAUCAGGCCCUUAGGAGCUGGAAAGGAUCCUCUUCUCCAGAUUUGAUGCUCCAAAGCUGCUUUUCCUUUCCUGUGUUGCUGCUUUACUUGUUUACUUGACUGUUAAAACUGGCCCUGGGUUCCUACUUUUACUGUGCUCUUUGGCUGUAGUAAAAUUGCAAACAUUGCGCAAAAGCUGUCUGUCUCUCUCCAGCUGUUCCUGCAAAGCCUCACAGCAGCGGAAUAAUCCCCUCGGCAGCUCCUCCCUUGAGAGGAUCAGCUCUUGUAUUUGUUUAAACUCUGUGUAUUCCUAACUUCCGUUCCAUGUGAUGCCUUGGGCUAAACCUAAGGCCAGUAUUUGCUCUGCGGUGUCAGCGUGAGCUCUUCCACAAUGAGCACCCCCUUUAUGAUCUUAGCUUUUACUAUAUUCCCCUUGGGCUUCGGCUGGCUAUCUCCUUUCCAAGAGAAAUUUCUCAGGGGUUUGGAUCCAGAAGAUGUUCUCUCUUAUUUUGGCACCAAGUCAGUUAUUGAUGUACCUGAGUUCAUUGUUGUUCAGCCUGCUUGUACCUGUGAAGAAGACCAGGUGGGACUGACUGCUUGUAAAGUCCAACGCUGUUCCCUUCAGUCAUGGGGAGAGCUCUACACCUUUGAAUUUCUAGAGGAUCAUGAACUCCUUCCCCCUUCCUUUGUGAGCCAUCGAGUGCUGAAUGCUUCUGUUAGCUUGCUAAAAUGGUUCCCAGGCAACUGCUUUGCAGGUGGAAAACCACUGCUUCCUUUGGGGGCUGUGUGUAGGGUCAGUUACUGCGAAGGACAGCUGCAAGGCAUCAUCACUGCAAGUGGGGAAAAGAUUCACAUCAAGCCUGUGAGAAGUAAACACUGGAGCCUGCUGAAGGACCUCAGCUUCUUCAGGCCCCACCUCAUCUUCAGAACCACGGGGAGAGGGGCAAAGACAGCAAAAGAAAAAAUGUUUCAUCCUCGCCUUUGGAAAAGGUCUGAGGGGACUGUCAAGCACCUGGAGCUGCUGGUUGCAGCGGGGCCAGAUGUGUACCAGUUCCACAGAGAAGACACUGAGAGGUAUAUCCUCACCAACCUGAACAUUGGUGCUGAACUGCUGAGAGAUGCUUCACUGGGAGUUCAGUUCAGGGUUCACCUCAUGAGAAUAAUUGUCCUGACAGAACCAGAGGCAGAUCUGAACAUCACCACAAAUAUCACCUCCUCCCUCAUCAGCAUGUGUGAGUGGAGCAAGAAGGUCAAUCCCCAGGAUGACUCGGAUCCCCAGCAUGCUGAUCUUGUGCUGUAUGUGACCAGAUUUGACCUGGAGUUACUGAAUGGGAACAAAGAGCUUCGUGGAGCCACUCAGCUGGGUGGAGCCUGCUCCUCCUCUUGGAGCUGCAUUAUCACUGAGGACACUGGUUUUGACUUGGGAGUCACCAUGGCCCAUGAGAUUGGGCACAGUUUUGGAAUCUCCCAUGACGGUGAGGAGAACUCUUGCAGUAAGAGCGGCUUUAUCAUGGGCACUGAGGGCAGCCACAACAGCAUUGACCUGGCUUGGUCAGAGUGUAGCAGAGAGCAAUUUCUUGCCUUCAUCAGUACAGGCCAAGCCAGCUGCAUAAAUGACCUGCCGGACCUGGGAGGCAGCAUCCCUGGGUGGAAGCCUGGCUUAUACUAUGGUGUGGAUGAGCAGUGUAAAGUUGCCUUUGGGGCUGCAGCCACAGCUUGCACCUUCGCUGACAGCAAUGUUGACAUGUGCAGCGUCCUCUCUUGCCACACAAACCCAGCUGAGCAGUCCAGCUGCACUCGCUUGCUUGUCCCUCUUCUGGACGGUACUGAGUGUGGGAUCAGUAAGUGGUGCUCCAAGGGCCGAUGUAGCUCUCUGGAGGAUCUGAACCCUGUCACGGUGGUGCAUGGCCACUGGUCCAGCUGGAGCCCUUUCACUUCCUGCUCCCGCAGUUGCGGUGGUGGAGUUGCAGUGAGGCGACGAUUCUGUAACAACCCUAGGCCUGCUUUUGGAGGCCAGCAGUGCCUGGGAGAGGACCUCCAAGCAGAGAUGUGCAACACCCAGGCCUGCAGCACAACCCAGGUAGACUUCAUGGCUGAGCAGUGUGCCGCGACCAACCCUCAGCCGUUCUACUUCACUGCAGGCGUUGCCUCUUUUUACAAUUGGACUUCGGCGGCCAGUGAUGCUGCAGAGGACAUUCUGUGCAAGUACAUGUGCAGGGCAGCUGGCAAGAACUUCAUUGGGAGCCGUGGGGAGGGCUUCACUGAUGGGACUAGGUGCAGGCCAAGCGGUUCCGACGCUCACGGCGCGUUCAGUCUCUGUGUGAUGGGAAGCUGCAGGGUGUUUGGGUGUAAUGGUAAGAUGGACUCCGGGAAGGUGAUGGAUGCUUGCAAAGUCUGCGGUGGAGAUAACACCACAUGUACCAGAGUGAGCGGUUCCUAUGUGGAAGGAAAGGCCAAAGAAUAUGUUACAUUUCUGGCCCUGCCUGGCAACACCACUGAGGUCCAUGUUGUCAAUCGGAAACCCCUCUUCACGCAUUUGGCUGUGAAGAUCAAAGGUCAGUAUGUGGUGGCUGGGAAGGGAACAAUCUCAUUGAACACUACAUACCCAUCAGUACUGGAAGACAGCCAGAUCAGAUACACGCUGUUUCUCACUCAGGACCACCUGCCGAUUCUAGAGGAAAUCCAUGUGGAUGGACCAACUCAAGAGGACAUAGAGAUCCAGGUUUAUCAGAAAUAUGGGAAAGAAUAUGGAGAUAAAACCAGUCCGGACAUCACCUUCAGCUACUUUGUACCGAAGGAAAACCAGACGUAUGCGUGGAUUCCAUGGCGUGGGACCUGCUCAGUGACCUGUGGGGAAGGGGAACAAUUGGUAGAUCACAUUUGCUUUGACCAGACCAGGGAUGAAAUAACAGAUGAGCAACAGUGUCUGGAGACCCCACGACCCCCUUCCAGGCAGGAGCCCUGUACCAUGGCACCGUGUCCCCCAAGCUGGGCACCGGGCAGCUUUGGUCAAUGCAGCAGCUCUUGUGGGGGUGGAGUGAUGGAGAGGCCGGUUCGGUGCGUGGAGAAGAUAGGGGGCUUGAUCCUGACUCUUCCUGAUUACAAGUGCAUUGAUUCUCCCAAACCUGCUUCCACGGAGGUGUGCAAUACACAGCUGUGCCCCCUGAGAUGGAAAGGAUCUGAGCCAGGCGAAUGCUCUGCCAUCUGUGGAGUUGGGGUGGCCCAGCAGAACCUGACAUGUGUUCAGCUUCACGGUGACUUGGAAACAGUAGUAGAUGACAGCCUCUGCCCAGUGGAAGAGAAACCACCCUCCAUUGUGUCAUGUGUGGUUAACAUCUGCCCCUUAGGCUGGACCACACAGGAAGACACCCACUCCCUGGCGGCAUUGGUGCCAGCUGAGACCAUCCAGAAGGCAGAUCGCUCGGUGCAUGUCUGGAGCCCUUUAGCUGGAGAUUGCUCUGUUACCUGUGGCAGAGGUGUGACCCAGCUCCGCUAUGUGUGUGUGGCUUUUGAUACCAAAGAAGAAGCCCCAGAAGAAAAUUGUAACUCAGUGCCAAAGCCCAAGAGCAAGAUGGAAAUCUGCAAUCCCAUCCCAUGCCUGCCAAGCUGGGAGGUGAAGGAGCUGGCUCCCUGCCCUGUGACCUGUGGAGGAGGGAGGAUUCCGCUUUCCAUUCGCUGCAUCAGACAAGAAGGCAACACAACCCAUGCCCUUCCCCUCUCCGAGUGCAUCCAGAUACCUUGGCCCACCAGCAGCAAAGAGUGUGGCACUGUCCCAUGUCCAGCGAGGUGGAAGUACAAAAGGGACUCGUGCAGUGCCAGCUGUGGUGGGGGCGUGACACGCCGGAUCCUGUACUGUGCCAGGGAGACUGGGGAGAAGGUGGAAGAGAUUGUAGCAGAUGCGCAGUGUCAUGGCCUGCCUCGCCCAGAGGAGCAGGAGCUGUGUAACCUGGAGCCGUGCCCUCCGAGGUGGAAAAUAGCUAGGACCAGCCCAUGUUCCUCCUCCUGUGGUAUGGGCGUAGCCGUGCAGGUGGUCAUCUGUGUCCAGAUUCACCAGGGCCUGGAGAGUGAGCUGGAAGAGAGCUUAUGUCCUGAGGCAGAGAAACCCACCUCCAGCAUCCCGUGUGUCAUCAGGAUGUGCUCGUCUGAAUGGGGCUUCACUGACUGGACAGAGUGUUCAGCAUCAUGUGGAAAUGGCAUUCAGAUGCGGCAGGAUUUCUGCCUCAACCCAAAGACCCACGAACAUGUGAACCCUGUCUUCUGCCUGCACUCCCCCAAGCCCAUCACUGUGCGUGGCUGCUCUGCUGGCCCCUGUCCUAAGCCAUCUGCUGCAGCCAAGUCCUCAGAGGAACCCCAGAUGCCAUCUUCAGCCACAAACCUGCUGACGAUGUCAGUGACUGUCUCUCCCGAAAAGCCAAAAUAUAAGGACCUGGAUCUUCCUCCAAUGGGCAUGCCAGCCCCUCUGCUGACAGCGUCUGAGGAAGAUGCAGCAGGCAUGGAGGACACUGCAGGAGAGUCCAGUAUCUGCGGGAGGCUCUUCCUCAACACCACGGGAGUCAUCAACAUGACUGGCCUGCAGGUCAGUGACUGCACAGUCGCCAUCGGCCGCCCCCUGGGGGAAGUGGUAACAGUCAAAGUGCUGGAGAGCUCCUUAAACUGCAGUGCAGGAGAGAUGGUGCUCUUUUCUGGGCGGCUGAUGUGGCGGACUGGCUGUAGGAAGCUGACCAUGGCAUCUCUCAGCACCAGGACCAACACGCUGAUGGUGAGACAGCGUCUUGUGUUCCCGGGGAACGGCAUAGUUUUUCAGUACAACAGCAAAGCUGCAACAAAAAAGCAUUACCAAGACUGUGAUGUGCAGCUGUUCGGCUCUCGAGGAGAAAUUGUGAAUCCUGUACAGUCUCCUGACCCCAGAAGACAAGUGGCCUGUCGCACCUUCAUCACUGUGGCUCCACGGCUUCGCAUUGCCAUUCAUGCCCUCUACAUGGACCUGGGGCCUGAGAGCAACCACACAUACUCCAGUUAUAUCUUGAUACGUGAUGUAAACACCAUGAAGACAAUUGUGUUCCAUGGGAAACAGCUAUUCUUUUGGGAGUCAACUGGGAACCAGGCUGAAAUUGAAUUUCACGAUGACUUCACAGAAGGCCACGGCAGUUUCCGAGCAGAGUACCAGGUCACCGAGCCCAGAUAAGUGAGAAACAGGGACAUUUCUGCCAGAGAGGCAGGAGAGCAGUGAAGAGCCCUGCCACUGAUUAACCAUGCGAUUCCAGUCAAGUCAUUGAACCUCCCCGCCUCUGUUUCACCAUUUGUUUAAUAGAUAUAAUAGUCCCUGCCUGCUUCCUAGGAGCCAGUUGGUUAAUAAGCACCUUUGCAGUCCUGGAACACAAGGUGGUCUAGAGAUGCCAGGUAUUACAAAAUAGUUUUCAUCAGUGGAUUCUUUUUCAGACUCUGUCAAUUAAUACUACUAAGAUAAUGUACUUCCCUGAAGCCAAGGGCUGGGGACACUGCUGCAUACAUCUUUCUGUGCUAUGAUGCAAUGCUGUCUUAUGAAAGAGGCCCCUCCUGCUCAGUGUCCUCUUAUGGGAGCGUAGAUCACAGCAGCUAGGGAAGGGGAACAAACUUUCCCAUCAGACACAAGCAUUUUUCCUUUUGGCCACGGCUGUGAAUGAGCAGUGUGGAAAAAGCAUGCAGUUUAGGGCUCUGGGUCUCACUCCAGUAGUGUUAAGGGACCUGAUCAGUUUUACACACUUCGCCAUCUAAUGGGGCCUUAAAUAUAAACAGAAAUAAGGCCUUGUAUGUCUGGAAGUAACACUCACGUGUACUGGUAUUUAGGAAAAUAAAACCUUGGUGACAA